AGCUGUGUACUCAUGUGUACCUUUUUACUCUACAAACCAGCUCAUUUUUUCUGCAUCAGCCUUCAGAUAAACCCUUAAGAAGCGAAUCUUUCUGGUUUUGCUUUCACUUGAGUUGUGACUGUUUCCUCUUGUCAGUUACGAUCCUCCCAGUGAUCUCUAGGGCCCUUUGCCCAUGGACACGUUCCAGGACUUCAGACUUGUAUUUCUCUGAGACUAAGGGAUUUUUUCACAGGAGAUUUUGCUCCCCCACUUCCCUCUUAGUGCACCAACUCUCUUAUGGGCAGGGCUCACCCUGAGAGAUCUUGGAUGGAAAAAGCUGCUCAGGGAAUAGGCAUCUCCCCACAGAAAGCAGUGGGGUUGGCAGAGGCUGACUUUUCUUCUUGGGAUGUUGGAGAUCUGAUACUCAGUUUACAAAAUAAAAGUUAGCAGCCGUGGCCUGAGGAAGAGAGGAGACAUCAGCCCGUGAGCCCUACAGUCAGAAAGAUAAGAGGCACUGUCCAUCCUAAAAGGCAAAAAGUCUAACCAGCCUGCCCUCCACAGAUUUACGCAGGAUGAUAUUGGCAACUCUUCAAUAUACGAGAGGUUUGAUUAUUCUUUAAGACUGUGACAGAAAAGAACUUCCUCCUAUAAGUGGACAACCAGACAGAUAGCCAUGAAGGAAGGUGGAAAAGAUGAAGAUGAUCUUAAAUCAAUGAAGACAGGGAAAAAGAAAUUGGACUGGUCACGUUCUCUCAUUGUGGCAUCACUUGUUGGGGCCUUUGGCUCUUCCUUUCUCUAUGGUUACAAUCUUUCUGUGGUCAAUGCACCUUCCUCGUAUAUCAAGACUUUCUACAAUGAGACCUGGGAAAAAAGACAAGGCCACUCAAUUAACGAAGCUACUCUAAAGCUGCUAUGGUCUGUGACUGUUUCCAUUUUUGCUAUUGGUGGCCUAGUAGGGACAAUUAUGGUUACUCUGAUUGGAAAAGCUCUUGGAAGGAAAUCUACUUUAUUAGUCAACAAUGCAUUUGCCAUUUUAGCUGCAUUGCUCAUGGCUUGCUCACAACAAGCAGAAGCCUUUGAAAUGCUAAUCUUGGGUCGGUUCAUCAUGGGUGUCGAUGGAGGCAUUUCUCUCAGUGUCCUCCCCAUGUACCUGAGUGAAAUCUCACCCAAAGAGAUCCGUGGAUCUUUGGGACAGAUCACUGCCAUCUUCAUUUGCAUUGGAGUGUUUACUGGUCAGGUCCUGGGACUGCCUGAAAUAUUGGGACAGGAAUCCCAAUGGCCUUACUUGUUUGCUGUGAUCACCAUUCCUGCCUUUGUUCAACUCGUGAGCCUCCCUUUUCUGCCAGAAAGUCCACGGUAUCUACUCUUUGAAAAGCAUGACGAGGAUGGGGCCGAAAAAGCCUUUCAAACGUUCCUUGGGAAAAUGGAUGUCUCUCAAGAAAUGGAAGAGGCCUUGGAAGAGAGUCGGGUUCAGAGAAAUAUUCGCUUAGUCUCCGUCUGGGAACUUCUGACAAGGCGUUCUGUUCGUUGGCAGAUAAUUACAGUGAUUAUCACCAUGGCCUGCUACCAGCUCUGCGGGCUUAAUGCAAUUUGGUUUUACACAAACAAUAUCUUUUCCACUGCUGGAAUACCUACAGAGAAGAUUCCAUAUAUAACUCUGACUACUGGGGGCACUGAGAUUUUGGCUGCCAUCUUUUCUGGUUUGGUCAUUGACCGUCUGGGGCGCAGACCUCUUCUCAUUGGUGGCUUUGGAUUGAUGGUCUUCUUCUUUGGAAUUCUCACUGUGACCCUGACAUUGCAGGACAAAGCUCCCUGGUUGCCCUACCUCAGCAUUGUCUGUAUCCUGGGCAUAAUUGCCUCAUUCUGCAGUGGACCAGGUGGAAUCCCAUUCAUCUUGACUGGAGAGUUUUUCCAGCAAUCUCAGCGACCAGCUGCCUUUAUGAUCGCAGGGACAAUCAACUGGCUCUCCAAUUUUGCAGUUGGACUUCUUUUCCCAUACAUUGUGGAAGGUCUGGACACAUACUGCUUCCUGGUCUUUGCCACAGUCUGCUUAAUAGGAGGAAUCUACUUCUAUUUUAUCCUGCCUGAGACCAAAAACAAGACUCAUGCAGAAAUCACCCAGAAAUUUGCCAAAUGGAAUAAGGAAAGCCCACCAGAGGAAAAAAUAGAGCAAGUCGGAGUUGAUGGACAAACCAAUGGGAAGUCUGAGCUGGACUCUUCUUCUACACUCAACAAUUCUAUCAAAAAUAAGAUCAUCUAACUUGAACAUUUGGAUGGUCUAGAAGAGAAAUGCCUGCCCAAGUUCAAAAAUUCCUCCAGAAACACUCAAUGUAGUGAGACUUCUCUACUUACAGAGAUUUUUAACUCUUCAUCUGUAGAGAGAGAAUGACCAUAGCCUCUUUGACUUGACUAUGGAUACUAAUUCCUAAACUUCUGGAGUCUAGAAAGUGAAAGAAGUCAUCCCCCAGUCUCUCGACCCCUGAGUCAUGCCUCCCCACUGCCGAUUCCUUUGGCAUAAUGUUUCCCACACUAUGUUGCCACAGAUAGAUCUCCCCUGAAGCAUUCUGGGGGAAUGACUUUGUUUUAAAGCAAAAUUGAGGAAAUGCAGAAGAUGAAUACUAAAAAAAUAAGAAGUCAAUUCCUGGGCACUCAAUUCUCAAAGAAGGUCCCCUUCAUAUGGAAUGCUGCUAAAAUUGAAAUCUACAGAGAACAUUCUCUCACUAGCUAAGAGCAGCUUCAAUAAACAAGCUUGUUAAUCAGUCUAUUCCUGGGAAUGAGCUACAAUAGGUGAUGCUCCCUUCAGUCACAUUGGAAAGCUGGGUUUGUAUUCCUGGGCUUGUUCAAACAGAGACACCUAUGCCAAGUGGCAAAUUGGUCCAUAGAGAAAGUGAAAAGAAUGUUACAUCUUGUAACUGAAGAUAAAUUAAGUGUGGAUGGAAGAACCUUGAUUUCAUGUGCCCUUAGCUGAAUCACAGAAACACAGUGAGCUCUACAGAUGUCCCAGAGCAGAUGAUCAAAGAGUCACCUCUCCCUUUGGCUCUGGUUAGAUUGGACACAGCCAGGACUGAUUUUUAAAUUGAACCCAACUUUGGCCCCUGGCUCGGCUCAUACUGCCACCACUUCCCCAGGAGAAGCUCAUGAAAUGAAGAUUCCUUUUCAUUUCAACCUGUCCCAAAUAGAAGUAGGAAAAUAUUUUUGUUGGGAAUAAAAAUAAUAUAAAAAUUUGACUUUAUUAA